AUGAAUUCAACAAAUAUUUGGAAAAAAAGAUCAAAUGAUAAAAGUGAAAAAAAAUCGAAUGGAAUUAUAAAUUGUCAUAAUUUUAAACCAAAGAAGAAAAAAAUAAAUUUAAAUUUCUUAAAACAUAAUUUAAUAACAAAUUGGAUUGAAAAUGAAGAUGAUGAAAAAAGUCAAUCAUCAAUUGAUUGUGAUUUUUUUUAUAAAAAAUCUCAAAUAAAUAUAAAUGAUCAAGAUGAAGAUAGUUUACAACUUGAAAAUCUUCAACAUUUAUCAACAAUGAAAAAUAUUAUUUUUCUUGAUUUAGAAAAUUUUUCAAGAUUUUUUCAACAUUUAACAAAUCAGUUACCUAAUCACACUUAUGUUAUCGCUUUUCAAGCUUCAAAUAUUCAAUGGAAACCACCGAAAAAUGAUUUAGUUUAUGAAAAUUUAUUAAAUUUAAAUAACUUUCAAUUAAUGCGUCCAAGUGGAAAUCGACAUGAUGCUGCUGAUUUUGCUCUUGUUCUUACUUUUGGUAAACUUCAUGGUCUUCUUCCAAAAUCAAUUCCAUUUACAAUAAUUAGUGGUGAUAAAGGUUUUAUUGAAGUUAUUCAUCAAUUAAAAAAUUCUCAUCGAAGAAUAAAUUGGUUUAAUCCUCAUCAAUUUUCCUAUGAAAAUUUUAAUCACAUUUUAAAUAUUUCAUCAACAUCUUCUUUACAUAUUUAA